AUGGAUAAAUUAACUUCAAAGAACGCUGCUAGUAUAGAUUGGAGAACGGUCGAGACUUUACGGACGAGAGUCGAGGAACUGAGGAAGUUCAGGGCCAGCCGGAUGGGGUCAAAGACUCUUUCAGAAAGUGAAAACGCCUCUGCGAACAACAUCAAUCGACAGAUCCAAGAGAUUCUGAAAGAGACGUUAACCAUUGAUGAGCAGCUCGCCAAUCUCGAAAAUUUCGAUCCCCCUACGGAGAAGGGAAGUGAUAACCACCGCUUCAAUGCCGUGUAA